GUCAUUUGGUCAUUUCUUUGUCGAAAUCUCUCUAUUAUCACUUCGUGGAGAGUGGCAAGUGAGCGGUUCGCUCCAGUUUACGGCCAUUCGACAUACUGGCCAACCUAUGCUAAUUCACUCGGCUUUCUGGGCUGCGUUAUUGACGUAGUUCCUCGCAUUAUGGAGCGUUUUCGUUCCGCCACGACCCCUCAGCGGCGCGCCGCCCAUGAGGGUGUGGCAGAGGAGUCCAUGAACGAAGUACAGGUGUUAAAAUAUGGGGAUUUUGGUGAACGAGGCAUCGCCCGGGCGCCGUUCAGGGCGGCUCGUGCGGACUGGUGGUGUCUGGUCAGUCGCGAGUUGGCAAAGAAGAUG